AUGAAAGCUCACGAAGUCGCAGAACCCAAAUCAGGCGCGUCGACGAUGCCAACUCCGAGCCAGGUCCGCUUGUCCCGACGAGUGUGCCACUCAUGUCAGUCUCGCAAGAGACGUUGUGGCAAAGAAUUGCCUGAAUGCUCCCUAUGUGUCCGCAUGGAGCGGAAAUGCGACUAUGGGAAUCGUGCAUCGGUCUCGAAAACCCAGGACGCCACUUCCCUAGAGCCCGUCACCAACAACUUUCCAGCGUCUUAUUUCCUAGACCCGCUCCUGUUCAGCCAUUACAACGUGGCACUUCGACUGCCCAAUCUCCCAAUCCCUCAAGAAUUCCUAGAUGUGACUGGGAAUGCCGCAUUGGUCCGCAAAUUUGCCGCUCGGUACUUUGUGACCAUCCAUGAAUGGUUUCCCAUAUUAUGCCGCCCAAAGUUCUAUGGGAAUCUCAUGCAUCAGUCAACACAUCAGGAAUCAGAUCUCGUGCUGCUUUUAGCGCAGCUUCUUGUUGCCGUAUAUGAACUGGCUCAUGCGAUAUAUCCUGCUGGACAUUUGACGGUUGGGGCUUGUGCUAGGUAUGGACUUGCUCUCGGCCUCGAUAAAGAAGGAUCACUGUGGGAGCAUAGUCCGAGUAGGUGGAUUGAUAUUGAAGAAAGGCAUCGGGCCUGGUGGGCAAUCCUGUGGCUUGACCGUUUUCCUAACCGCGGGCUCUGUACAGAAGAGCCCGCGGAGGAUUGGUAUUUGCCUGUCCCAGACAAAAAUUGGAACGAUGGAGAGUUCCCAGCCAACCCUCCACACAGACUGUCUGCUGGACUACAAGUAGAAAUGGGAAAGUUUGCUCGCACAGCUCAAACUACACACCUUCUUGGUCGAGUUUUACGUCACGUAUCAGACACAGAGAUGGAUACUCAAUUCUCUCGCGAGGAGAGAAGGUCUUUAGAGCGUGCCUUACAGUCUUUAUUGUCCCUGAUUAUUAAUGAAGAAGAAAUCAGUACAUCUCACUAUUGCUCCCCAAUUGCGUUAUCUACGAGCGCCUUGUUUGUUCUCCAUUCUCAUCCUGAAGCUGAUGCUCUCGGUGCGGAGAGCAGAGCCCGGUCCCUGGCGGCCAUGGAAGCUCUUUCCCGCGUCACGGUGUCGUUUGCUCAUAAAAUUAUUACAAGAGUCAAAUUCGAGUCGGAUAAAGCUUCACCACUGUUGUUAGAUACCAUGUAUCGCUCGGCGGCCGUUUUCAUCACUCUCCAACAGACCCAUGUUUGUGAUGAGUUCAGAGACUGCGAACAGGUUUUAACAAAAGCCAUGGAGAAACUAGGGGUGGAUUGGAUGGUUUCUGGUGUUUAUCUUGAGUUACUGGAGGCCAGGAGAUUGGCUACUGUGCAGCUGGAAAUUUCAACUUAG